GGCUACACAUGUUAAUAUGCGACUAAUACGAGCCGAGCCGAGGAAGUGCUCUUACAUAAAGAUGAGAACCAUCUUUCCAUUUUAAUCUAAUAGUGAUAGAGAAACCAAGCCACAGAGCUGUAGUGGCAAAAAAAAGCUUUCGGUUAUAGCCAUACUUAUCUAUUGAGAUUAACGUUGUAAGCCCGGAAUACAUUUAUCAUUGAGUCCACAAUGCGUGGAAUAUAAAGUAGUAACAUAGAUAUAACUCUGCGACAUCAAUACUGCUCUUCUACUACGGAUCUGUCCAUGGAAUAAAAUUUCCACUUCACAGAUCAUUUUUCUUGGAAAUCUGGCUGAUUCUCAUAACCUGCCCUACUUUAUCAUCAAAAAGAAUACUGUGGAGCAAAAAUGCUUCCAUUUGCUGCCAGACAAAGCUUAACGAAGGUGUCAAAACUUCCUUCACUUGCAAUCAUUGAUGAUUACCUCAAUACAUCUAAGCCUCACUUCGCACAUAUUCCAUCAACUAGGUUGCAGAUUACUACAUUUAAAGAUACCAUUAACCACAUCAAUGAGAAAGAAACUGCUCGUCUAAUUGAGAGGUUGAAGGCUUUUGACGCUAUAUCAACAGUGCGCGAACGAACUGCAUUUCCGGGUUCGCUCUUACGUAGCUUACCAAACUUGAAGCUCUUGUUGGCUACCGGUACGCAAUUUGAAAUGUUUGAUCUUGCUGCUGCUCGAGAGCUAGGAAUUACGGUAGUCGCUGCGCCGGGUCUUGGCCGAACAGAUACACUUGAUGAUAUUGCUUCGCAGCCUAACAUUAAGAAUGGCAGCGCGCACCCAACUACGCAACACACAUGGGCUCUCAUUAUGGCUCUCGCUCGGAAUAUCGCCGCUGACGAUGCGGCGCUGAAAAGUGGCUCUGGAUGGCAGAACGGCUUAGCCAUGAGUCUGACGGGGAAAACUCUGGGAAUUGUUGGGCUCGGGCGACUGGGCGCUGCUGUUGCACGCAUUGGAUAUCUUGCUUGGGGCAUGAAUGUGGUGUGCUGGAGCGAGAAUUUGAGUCAGGAGAAGGCCGAUCGAACGGCAUCCGAAGCCGGUUUGCCGUCUGGAGUAUUUCGAGUAGUGAGCAAAGAGGAACUCUUCCGCAGCGCCGAUGUCAUCAGCCUGCACUAUGUGCUGAGCAAUCGCUCGCGGAAUAUUGUUGGUGUGAAAGAACUGGAGCAGAUGAAAAGUUCUGCAAUUCUGGUCAAUACAUCUCGCGGGCAACUGGUUGACCAAGCAGCUCUGCUCGACACGUUAGAGCGAGGGGCUAUCCGUGGUGCUGCUUUGGACGUAUUUGAUAUUGAACCACUGCCAUUGUAUAGUCCGUGGAGGAGAGCAAACUAUUGGGGCGAAGGAGGACGCUCACGUUUGAUUACCACACCACACAUGGGAUAUGCUGAUGAAGGGUUGAUGAACGCAUGGUAUGCUGAGACUGCUGAGAAUGUUGAUCGCUGGUUAGAAGGCAAAGAAGUCUUACACCGCAUUGCUUAACGGGCAUCCGAGUUUAGGUAGACAGCGAUAACCUCGUUUAUAGUUAAUUCAUCGUUC